CGCUGCGCUUUAGUAUCCAUGUUGUUUCCUAUAUUCUGUCUCGCUUAGUCGAGAAAAAAAAAAUAAUUAAACGUCAAACCAAAGAAGCUCUUUAUUGUAUACUACGUAUUAAUCAAAUAAAACCGAAUAAUUUAUUUUAUCAAACAAUAUUACUUGGACACUGUUUUAAAAUCAUACAUUUUAUUGCGCUCUAUACACCCGAGUAUAAAACAAUAAAUUAUACUUCAUUUUAAUACUCAGUUAAAAAAUAAAUAAAUUAGGUAUGAAGCCGAUCGGUUUACAUGUUGGAUUUAUAAUAAUUGCGCUAAAAUACAGUAUGUACAGUUUUAUUUUGUGGAGUUAUAUAAAGAACCGCAAGUCAGGGAUUUAAGUAAUUGAUCAAAAAGAUGUCAACAAUUAAAAUCCAUCAGCGUAAAAUAAAAAAAAUUGCGUGACGUAAUUGACGAGUCGUAAAUGAAAGCCAAACAAUAUUGUGUUGAAAAUUGAAAGGAGAGACGUCACAAUAAAUGACGAGUCAUAACACAAUAAAUUUCGAUUAAUUUGAUGUUUGAAAAUCAAUUAGUUCUUUGAAUUUAAAGAGUUUGAUACACUGGAGGUUAUGUUGUUUGUUAUGAAGUCAAUGAAUCAAUCACUGGUGAUUAAUUGAUGAAUCAACGGCUGUUUAUCCUCGAUAAUUUAUAUAUGCAAAUAUAUGGUGAUAUAUUUCAGUUAUUGGAACGAAGUGACAUGUAGAUUGUCAAGGAAUUAAAACCCCAGCAAUGUAUGGAGGUGGAGAACAAACGGUUUCUGAAGGGUGGAGAAAACCACUGGAUUUGGUGACCACUGUGAAUCCAAAUGUCAGUUCAACCAUGGUUGACGAUGAACAUUUUUGCAAGCUAGUUUUAUACAAAGAAAUUCAGGACUCAAGAGUAAGAAUAUGGGACUUAGCGAUAUUAGUACCCAAUCUAUUACUACUAUUAUUCAUAGCAGUACGAUUUAAUCGGGCCCGGCUUAAAUUAAGAGCAACUAGUAGCCCAAUAUUCUUAGCAUUCUAUGGACUCGUUAUUUGUAAUGUAGUAAUAUCAGUGAUAAGAUGCGUGGUAUCUAUGACAGUUGAUGCUGCUACUAACAUUGGUGGGAAAGCUGAUAAAGUAUUGUGGGUUACAGUGAGAUUUUUCUUGUUAUCAACUGAAAUGAGUGUCGUAAUUUUUGGAUUAGCAUUCGGACAUCUUGAUAGCCGAUCGAGUAUAAGAAGAGUCCUGUUUGCUACAUCUCUCAUAGCUUUAACUUUUACAAUAACUCAAGGCACUCUAGAAUUAGUUUUGCCAGAUGACACAUUCCAUAUUCCCAGUCGGGACUUUUAUGUAUUUGGUCAUGGCGGCAUGAUGUUUUGGUUUUGCAGUAGUCUUGUAUUCACUUUGAUAUAUUUUUUUAUCUUGAUACUUCCGUGGACAAGAUUACGAGAUAGACUAAACUUACCAACUCGUAAAAGUUUUUACGUUUAUGUUGGAAUAUUGACAACUUUAAAUUUGGUACAAUCCGUUGGAGCAGGCUUAUUAAAUUACACACAAAAUCUUGUGGGAUUAUGUGUGGUUGACAUAACAGCUGUCGUGUAUCUCACGCUAUUUACUCCCUUGGUUUAUCAUACCUUCUUGUCUGAAUUUUUUGGAGUUUCACAACCAUCUAUAUUGUUUUCAUACAAAGCUCAGGUAGAUGACGCAAUGGAAGAAGAUACAGUAUCACUGCCUUAUCAGCAGAGUUUUUCAUCACUAAAAACUGACAGUGACUACAUCUAUCAGGUCCAUACUCCAUAUAAUCACUUACCCUUGUAUGAGCCAUUCACUGCUAAAUUAUCUUCCCUAAAACAAAGAACUUCUUUGUACUCUUCAGCGAAAAAUAAUCAAAAACCUCUUGGUAAAAGUAGUUAUAGUUCCCAAAACGCAUUAGACAAUGUCCCUGAGAUGCAGAAUAGUAGAAAAGAAUGUAGUGUUCAUUCAAGCACACCCAAUUUUUCCAGUUGUAUGGAAUCUAGCCCGAAAGUUUUUGUCGGCACCAACACUCUUUACUUGGAUUUUGACAACCAAACCACACUUACACCUUCUAAUAUUGUGUGUUGUGCCUCUAGUAGCGAAUCUAAUUUGAUCCUAUCACCUGAUACUGCUGCUAAUGUUGAUCAUAAAUUAGAUAAUACUGAUAGUGAUAUAAAUACGUCUACGAAAUGUUGUAAGAGUGAUGAGACCGAUAAUCAAUCUUUGAAUGUUUGACAACAUUCGAUAUCGAUUAUCGAUAAAAAUCAAUUCACAAUUUUUUUAAAUUACAGAAUUUCAGUUCGAUAUUUAAAUUACCCGCUAAUCGGUCACGAUUAGGAAAUCUGGAAAAUACCUUAAUAGGUCUAGUCAUUUUAAUGGAGCUUUAAGCAUGGGAUUAUCGAAAAAUUUUGUUUCCAAUCGGAGUUUUUAAUCAGGGAAAUUUUAAUAAAAUUUUAUUAAAAAUUACUGAAACAAGUGAUAUUGUUCUCCAGAGUGUCGAGGUGUCCAACUGUCACCUAAAAUUUUUAGGAAAUUCUUACUAUAAAGUUCUCUGCGUGUCUUCUACCGUAGAAUCCUCUGCAGUGCGAUGAUAGGAGGGUUAAAGUAUCGACAAAACUAGAUCGAUAAGAUUUUUAUUCGGCUUUAAAGUCAAAGCUUUUUAGAAGUAGUUGAACAGUAACAAAAUAAGCAGAUAUAAAUAAAAAAACUUGUAUAUAAUGUGAUUUUUAUAGCAAAUUAGGUUCUAAAAUUUCCAAAUUAAAAUAAUUUAAGUGUACCAACCUUUAAUGUACAUAAAAUGCUAGCUGCAAUUCCCGGUGUUGCUCGGAUGGAAACAUAUGAUCAUGCAUUGAUAGCAGAAGGGAAUGGGUGGCUUUUUUGUUUUAAUUAAUAAUUUUUUCUAUUUUUAGUUCACUUAAUUACUCACAUUUUUUCAUACAACACUUGUUUGUAUACUAUACUCGGUCUUGUUGUUUAGGCUUAAUCAAUUUGAAGGUGACUCAACUCGUGAGCAUGCGAUGUAAAAUUGACAAUGCAGGAAACAUAAUUCCUUUAAAUUAAUACUAUGAUAUCGGGCGUUUUGCUUUGCGCCUUAUUGAUAGUCAUACUGUAAGCUACCUUUGCUGGAAAUUGAAGGAUAGUUCGGUCGAAAUUUAAGAUAUUUAUGGUCAGAAUACCGUUUUUCCGUUUCCUAAUGGAGAAAAUAUAAUAAACACUAUUGAAAAUUCAUUAGUGAUUACUCCGACUAGUGAAUCUUGCACGACAAGGUGUCGCCAACUUUCUGGAAAAAAAUAAUGAAAACUUUUGCCUUCAACUUUCUCAGAAAAUUGGCGCCCAACUGUCGAGAAAUUGUAGAAUAAAAACUUUUUCCUUUAACGUUCUCAAAACUGGCGCCCAUGUGUCGUCAAUGUAUGGAAUUCAAACUUUUUCCUUUAACUUCUCAAAAAAUUGGCGCCUAGUGGUAGUCAGCUUAUGGAAUGCAAACUUUGGUUUAAAUUUUCUCUGAAAAUUGGCGCCCAGUUGUCGUCAACUUGUGGAAUACUAACUUUUUCCUUCAACUUCUCAAAAUUGGCGCCCAUGUGUCGUCAAUGUAUGGACUUCAAACUUUUUCCUCUAACUUUCUCCAAAAAAUGGCGCCCAACGUCUGAGAAAGCUGGCGACUACUUGUAACCAACGGUCACAAAAGUGUCAAGUUGUCAACAAGUUAUCGUCAACUAGGUCGCGAAUAAUUGACACCAACUUUCUGACCGGAAACUCUGCAAUGCUUCGAAAGUUUUAAUUGAUAACUUUAACCCAACAUAAUUCUUUGAAAUGCGCUUUUUUAAAUUAUUUAAACUUUUUUUCAUCACUUAAGCGAUAAAAGUAUGCACGUCCGAGUUUCUCAUUUUUUAUUCCAUUUAUUCAGAAUGUUGAUUAUAUUACACGCAGUUGUGAAUGUUUUUCUUGGACCCAAAUGAUUUAAAUAAAAUGUUUUUAAAAUUUUAUUUUUAAAUAUAAUAUAAUUUUACAUAAAUUACAUGUUAUUA